CGUCGUUGUGUUGAAAGGUGGGGCUCGGGGCUUUGAUGGUGGGAGAGGCGCAGUGAAGAGAGCGAGCGAGGACCCGUUUGCGGAGGGCCGACGAACGAAACCAAGCGCGGGGACGGCGAGAGGAUCGAGCUCGACGAGAGGCAAGCGAGAUUCCUCCUGCUUAUUGCUCUCAUCCGACGAAGACGGACUCCGGGGGAAUGCUCUGGCUGCUUCCGCUGUCGCUCGGUUCGGCCUAGGCCCGCAUCGUUGGCGAUGGAGGAGGAGGACGACCAACAAAGCACCGGCGCCGUUGAGUCGUCUCAUCGGCAGCAGCAGUCGCGUCGCAGCAAUAGCGCCAACACCAUCAGUAACCACACCCUCGCCAUCUCCAACGUCGCCGCUGCCACCGACACAUGCAUCGUGCCGAGCCAUGAGGAGGGCGAUGAGCUUCACCAUCACCAGGUUGUUCAGGUGGCGGUGAGCAACUUGCCGGACUAUGACCACGACCACCAGCAUCAUCCCAUGCACCAUCACCACCACCACCCGCACCACCAACACCACCACCACCACCACGAGCAUCACCACCUCGCGCCUCCCCUCCCGCCUCCGUUGCACCUCCACGACUCCGUCGCGGACCUUGGCGACGUCGAGGGUAUCGUUGGUAGCGGUGGAGAUAAAACUGACCGUCCCUUGCUGAAAUCCGCGGGACGAGAGCCAGCGACUGAGUGGAGCGAGGCUGCAACUGCCGUGCUAAUUUCCGCUUUCAGGGAGAAAUUUCAUGCGCUGGACCGCAACAACUUUCGUAGCAAAGACUGGGGUGAAGUGGCAAAGGAAGUUAAUACUCACUGUGCAAAUGAGAAGACUCACAAAACGCAGGAGCAAUGCCGCAUGAAAGUCGACAGUUUAAAGAAACGAUAUCGUCAGGAGAAAGACAAAUUGGCUGGCAAUGUGCCUUGCAAAUGGCCCUGGUUUGAGGCAUUGGAUGAGCUGAUAGGAGGCAGUCCCAAGCAGUCACGCAUUGGUUCUGCUCGGAAGCAAGCACGCUUUGGAACCUCUCCGUCUCCCCGGCCUCCUUGUGGCCUGCUCACUCCUUACUUUGGAGGAGUUUCUUCAAGCAUAUAUCUUAAGAAAAAAAUAGCAAAGGUGGUUAGUCUGCAAGAUUCAAUUAGACAAAUGCAAAUGGCGGGUACUUUGGAAGACAACAUCGAGGUGUUGCUCCAGGAUUUUUUGGAAGAAGAUACCGUUCGAGAUUUUGCUAAGAAACUAGCUUCUAGCAAGUAUACGGUAGCCACAUUGUUAGAGAUGUCCGAGUCGGAGCUUGAUGAGAUUAUGACUGAAGAGUUUCCAGAAGCUGCGAGGGGGGAGAGAAGAGGAUUCAAGGCGGCGAUUUGGUCCAAGAAGCGGAAGCUUUGUCAAGACGUGGGCGAUGAUCUCGACAUGGUCAAUGCAAGUGAGUCGAUAAUGGAGACUUCUGAUAAUUUUGCGAAAAAGGAGAAGUCUGGUUCGUUUGUACGGUGAUGCAUCUCGCGACAGUGCGUUCUCCCGUUCCAAAGAUCUUGAAGUGGAUGGCCCAAUACCUUGGACGAGCUGUUAGCAUUUCAUUGUAUAUGUAUCAUGGGUGCUGUAGGUUAAACGAUGUAGCAUAAGGUUUUAAAGCUUCGUAGGUUUUAGUGCUGCUCUGUGGGAUUCCACUUCUUUUGUCUUUUUGUAAUGAAAAGUUUGCUACAUUCAAUUUU